AUUGGAGGAAGGAACUUUCCGAAGGGAGAGCAAGUCAGCCCCGAAUUCCGUCCCGCGUGCCUUCUCUUGCCCAUGUAGGACUCCAGCGUUUCUUCCGUUUCUUUUCUCCGAAUUCCCACCAAAUUCAAUAAUCAUUACUUUUUCUCUCUUUUCUUAACCUGCAAGAACACAACGAUCCAAAUUUCCUCUUGUUUUCUCCCUCUUCACGCCUAAUUUAAUCAAUCAAAAAGCCGUUUCUUUGAGGUUUUCGCGCUUGUUCUGUAUCUGCACAACUGCUCCGUAUUGAAUCCUUUUGAUUGAAGCAGAGUCAGGGUCUCCUCCCCGAUUUCGUAGCAGAUAUGUUACAUCGAAGCUUCAAGCCCGCAAAAUGCAAAACAGCGUUGAAACUUGCGGUUUCACGAAUAAAGCUUCUGAAGAAUAAAAGAGAAACUCAAGUGAGGCAACUCAAAAGGGAGUUAGCCCAAUUGCUUGAGUCAGGGCAGGAUCAGACGGCUAGAAUCCGGGUUGAACAUGUUGUUAGGGAAGAGAAGACAAUGGCUGCAUAUGAUCUUAUAGAAAUAUACUGUGAGCUGAUUGCAGCACGCUUGCCAAUGAUUGAAUCACAGAAAAACUGUCCUAUUGAUUUGAAGGAGGCAAUUUCGAGUGUAAUAUUUGCAUCCCCACGGUGUUCAGAUAUACCUGAGCUCAUGGAUGUGAGGAAGCAUAUGACAGCUAAAUAUGGAAAAGAAUUUAUCUCAGCAGCUGUUGAAUUACGGCCUGACUGUGGUGUAAAUCGCCUGUUGGUUGAGAAACUGUCUGCCAAAGCACCAGAUGGUCCAACUAAGAUGAAAAUACUGACUGCAAUUGCUGAGGAACAUAAUAUAAAAUGGGAACCUAAGUCUUUUGGAGAAAGUGAUUUAAAGCCCGCUCAAGAUUCACAGGUUGGGCCAAAUGCAUUUGAGAAGGGUAACUAUGUGGAACCUCCUCAAGUUCAUGUUCCAGCUAUUCGUGAUGAAAAGGGACCUUCUAAUUUACACGGUUCCUCUCAAUACGAAGAAAUGCGAAUUAUGCCUACAAAUAUAGAUGAAAAUACUAGUGUUGCUCAUAAAAUGGUUGGUGGCAAUAAGUCAACAACAUCAAGCACCGCUAAUCCAGGGAUUGGAUCAUCAGGAACUGGAAAUCAAGAAGUGGAUUCUGCAGCUUCUCAUUAUGAAGACAGGAGAAAUGUUCCUAUGGAUAAUAUAAAUUGGAGCAUGGAAUUUAAGGAUGCUGCCUCUGCUGCGCAGGCAGCUGCAGAAUCUGCAGAGCAUGCGAGUAUGGCUGCCCGAGCAGCUGCAGAACUUUCAAACCGUGAAAGAAUAAUUAGGCAGUAUUCAAGUGGAUCACAGGGUUCUUCUGGAAGUGUUUUAAGAUAUGAAGUUCCUCAAGAAUUUGCUUUUCAUGAUGAUAAACGUCCUCCCACAGAAAGUGCAGGAAUGACUGCUAGUGCAGCUGCAGACCAACCAAUUCGUGAAAAGACAAGCAAGCAACAUUCAACUGGAUCACAUAUAUCACACAAGAGUAAUGAAAUACCUCAAAAAUAUGCUCCUUUUGAUGAUGAAAAGCGUAUUCUACUGGUUCUGUUGAUAACAUCGUCCACAGUAGUACUUUUGCAAUGCAUUAUGGGCAAAUUAGAAGCAGAGAACAAGAUAGGCCUGCAAGAGCGCCUGAUGAAUAUAACAUGA